UCGUGAGGUUGUGGCUCGCGAUCGAAACUGUAUCAAAAAAAAAAAAUUAUACCCAAAUAUUCGCGCAAAUUCGUUAGCAAUACGCUUCUAAAUUAAAUCAUUAAAUUAUAUUCCACACAGAUAUGCUGUUGAAACAUUUGGGCCAUAACUAAAAACCAUUUGAAAGUGUGUUUAUCUAAAAGUAUAAUUAAACAUAGAUACAGUACUCUAUUUAUUCGCCUGCUGAUUAUGGCCGUAAAACAAAUGACCGCGGAAUCAAUAGCAAAAUAACCAGAAAGCUAAUUGCAUUAAACAGUGAAAAACACUUAGCCUCAGUAAAUGAGAAUUAAUUAAUUUAUUGGAAAAAAACGGACUUUAAUUUAAUCCAUUGGAAAAGUAAUUAAUUUCUGUAAGAUAGCAAGAAGCGCCUAAGGAUGUAUAGCACUACAUAAACACAGAAAGGUCAAACUUAAGUACAAGGCUUAGAGGAUUUUAUAUUAUCAUUAAGCAAAACAAAAACAUAGUGCCAUGGCAAUGGACUUAAUAGAGCAGGAAUCCCGUCUGGAAUUCUUGCCAGGAGCCGAGGAGGAAGCGGAAUUCGAACGUUUAUACGCGGCCCCCGCUGAGAUUGUGGCCCUGCUGUCCAUCUUCUACGGGGGGAUCAGCAUUGUGGCUGUCAUUGGCAACACCCUGGUUAUCUGGGUAGUGGCCACUACCAGGCAAAUGCGAACUGUCACAAAUAUGUAUAUCGCUAAUUUGGCAUUCGCCGAUGUGAUCAUUGGCCUGUUCUGCAUACCAUUUCAGUUCCAGGCUGCCCUGUUGCAGAGUUGGAAUCUGCCGUGGUUCAUGUGCAGCUUUUGCCCUUUUGUCCAGGCACUGAGCGUCAAUGUCUCUGUGUUUACGCUGACCGCCAUUGCAAUCGAUCGACAUCGGGCCAUCAUCAAUCCACUUAGGGCACGACCCACAAAGUUCAUCUCGAAGUUCAUAAUUGGGGGAAUUUGGAUGUUGGCCCUGCUCUUUGCCGUACCUUUUGCCAUCGCCUUUCGGGUGGAGGAGUUGACCGAAAGGUUUCGUGAGAACAAUGAGACCUUCAAUAUGACGCGACCGUUCUGCAUGAACAAGAACCUAUCGGAUGAUCAACUGCAAUCGUUUCGCUACACACUGGUCUUUGUGCAGUAUCUGGUUCCCUUUUGUGUCAUCAGCUUUGUGUACAUUCAGAUGGCGGUGCGAUUGUGGGGCACUCGGGCGCCGGGCAACGCACAGGAUUCACGGGACAUAACGCUGCUGAAAAACAAGAAAAAGGUCAUCAAAAUGCUGAUUAUCGUGGUCAUUAUCUUCGGUCUGUGCUGGUUGCCACUGCAGCUCUAUAAUAUUCUGUAUGUCACAAUCCCGGAAAUCAACGACUACCAUUUCAUUAGCAUCGUCUGGUUCUGCUGCGACUGGCUGGCCAUGAGCAAUAGCUGCUACAAUCCCUUUAUUUAUGGCAUCUACAAUGAAAAGUUUAAGCGAGAAUUUAAUAAACGCUUCGCUGCGUGCUUUUGCAAGUUCCAAACGAGUCUGGACGCCCACGAAAGGACAUUUUCGAUGCACACACGCGCCAGUUCCCUCCGUUCGACCUACGCCAACUCCUCGAUGCGAAUUCGGAGUAAUCUGUUUGGUCCGGGCCGAGGUGGGGUCAACAAUGGCAAGACGGGCUUGCAUAUGCCGCGGGUCAAUGGGAGCGGUGCUAACAGCGCAAUUUACAACGGAAGUAGUGGGCAGAACAACAACGGCCACCAUCAACACCAAAGUGUGGUUACCUUUGCCGCGGGUCCAGCUGUUUCGGGUCCAGGUGUUGGAGGUGUCUCAAUGCCACCGUGGCGCCGUAACAAUUUCAAGCCUCUGCACCCGAACGUAAUCGAAUGCGAGGACGACAUGGCACUCAUGGAGUUACCAUCGACAACGCCGCCCAGUGAGGAAAUUCCUUCCGGAGCGGGCGUUCAGCUGGCCUUACUCAGUAGAAAGAGUUCAAGUUGUAUUUGCGAACAGGAAUUCGGCAGCCAGACGGAUUGCGAUGGCACCUGUAUACUCAGUGAGGUAUCACGUGUCCACAUGCCCGGCCCUCAGGUGAAGGAGAAGGAGCAGGGAAAGUCCUUGUGGCAACCACUAUAAUUUAAUCUAGAGUUAUUCAAAUUAUAGCCUUGUUCCACUGACACAUUUGAACGCCAUGCACUUGAACAAAUCUAAUUAGAAAUAUAACUAGUCAUCGGGAAAAACACUGUGUUUUACGGGUAAAUGUCAAUUUUAUAGCUUUCUUCACAUUUAACCCCCACACAUUAAUUAAAGAUCUUAUUUUUCAUACUAACUGUAUAUAUUCUGGACAAGCAUGGAUAUUUAAAAUAUCAAUAAGAUAAUAUAUAACCUAAUUUCGCAAACUAAAUGUGUCGCUGGAACUUGACUAGUAACUUCUGUGAUUUCAUCUUAAUAAAUUGUGAUUACAAGUCCCAUUGCUGAUAAUUGGUUUGCAGAAGGAUAUGUAUUGAUUGAGUGUGAAUGCUGGUCGUGAGCCAUGAACAGUAUUAUAAUAAUUGUAAUUAAAAGGCGUUCCUUCAAGCACAAUUUAUGUGAACAAAACACACAAAACAUUGUUCAAACAGUGCUUAGAAUCUUUUGUUUAAAGUUCUUAUUUCAAAGCCAAAAUUCACCAAAUCAAUUUAAAGUAAGA